AUAAACAUUUUAGUAGAUCCAUCAAAGAGAUAUGUGUAUUUGUAGAAGCGAUAGGUAUAUUUCAAUGGAAUCUCGUGUUUUUACAAACUUUAGUGACUUUAGUAAGCUACCAGACCAUAUUGUUGUUUAUAUGCAACAUAUAUUUUAUGCAGAAUUUGUUUUUUACCUUAGGAUAAAUAUUGCUUGGAUAAUACACACAUAUUUUUAAAAGGUGGAGCAAAGUAAACAUGAUCGUUUAUAGCAAUAACAUAACAUGUCUGAAUUUCUGGAAAAGCCGACGAUAUAUACUAGCCCUAUUGGCCAGUUUUGGAUUUCUCAAUGUAUAUGCCUUAAGGUCAAACUUAAGCGUUGCCAUUGUAGAUAUGACACAAUUAAGGCAAGUCAAGUUGGACAAUGGCACAGUUUUUAUGAAAAGCGACUUCAACUGGGACUCAAAAUUACAGGGUUAUGUGCUUAGUUCCUUUUUCUACGGAUAUGUUCUUACACAGAUUAUUGGAGGAUACGUAGCCUCGAGAAUUGGAGGUGCCAAAGUUUUUGGUAUUGGAAUAGCCGUUACGUCAUUGCUAACCAUUAUUACACCAAUUGCAGCAAAAUUUAACGUUUAUUUGUUUAUUGUUGUAAGAGCCCUAGAAGGAUUUUUUGAGGGAACUACGUAUCCAGCAUGUAAUGCUUUCUACGCGAAAUGGGCGCCGCCUUUAGAAAGAACCAGGUUAAUUGCGAUAGCUUGGUCUGGUGGUUACUUGGGAGCGGUAGUUUCUAUGCCCUUUAGUUCACUUUUAGCAACAUAUCUGGGAUGGGAAAGUAUAUUUUACUUUUUUGGUGGUGUUGGAUUGAUAUGGUACAUAUUUUGGAUAAUAUUUGCAAGAGAUGCACCUGAAAAAGACUCUAGAAUAAGCAAAGAAGAAUUACUGUACAUUAGAGAAUCUAUAAAUGCUACAAGACAAAUUAAAGAAGUGGUUGAUAUUCCUAUAAGACACUACGUCACGUCUUUGGCGGUAUGGGCGAAUGCUCUCGCAUUUUUUUCUGAAUUUUGGGGAUUUUACACGCUCUUAACUUGUUUACCAAAUUUUAUGAAAAAUAUAUUAAAAUUCGACCUAAACUCAUCUGGUAUGGUAUCUGGAGCUCCAUACCUAGCCAUGGCGAUUAUGAUUCAAUUUGCUGGUCAACUGGGGGAUUGGAUAUUGACCAGAAAUAUUUUAAGUAGAACAAAUACACGAAAAGUUUUUACGAUAAUAGGUUUUUCUGCCCAAGCAAUAUUUUUAUUAAUAGGAAGUUUUUGGAUGUCACACAUAGGCACAUCAAUAUGCUUGAUAUUGGCUGUUGGAAUUGGGGCAUUCGCAAUGGCUGGAUUUGGCGUAAGUGUCCUAGAUCUAGCUCCAAGAUAUGGAGGAACUACAAUGGGUUACUGCAAUACUUUUGGAGCUGCAACUGGUGUCAUUAGCCCCAUUGUGACAGGAUAUAUAGUAACUGACACGACAAGCGUCCAUCAAUGGAGAAUAAUCUUCUAUAUUGCAGCAUCUAUAUACGUUGCAGGAGCUAUUUUUUAUGGUUUAUUUGGUUCAUCAGAUCUGCAAGCUUGGGGACGAGAAGACGAAAAACCUAUAGAAUUGAAUAAUACUAAACAUAAACAAAACAGGGUCGAACCAGAUUAAUAUGUUUUUGUAUAAAUAAAUUAUUUAUUAGUUA